UAACCUGUAACGAGGGUAGAACACCUCUUCACUAUUCAUGUUGGCAUGGUAAUGUUGAUCUCAGUCAAUAUCUCAUUGAAGUACAAGACAGUGACAUUAACAUAACAGAUAAUAAUAAAUGGAAUGCAUUGACUCAUAGUGCUAGGGGUGGUAACAUGAAACUAGUUCAAUACCUUAUUAAUAAUCAUGAAUUGCCUCUCACAUCAUUUACAUUACUUCAAGUAGUAUAUAGCACUAAACUAUCAUUAAUUAAAUUAUUAGAUAAUGAAUAUAAAUUAGAUCCUUCAGUUAGAAAUGGUGAUGGUAUGCAAGCAGUUCAUUGUGCAGCUCAAGUUGGUGCUAUUGAUGUCUUAGAGUAUUUAGUAAAAAAUUGUGGAUGUGAUUUGGAUAGAGUAGGUGGACCAUACAACAUGAAUGUGUUUCAUUAUUCUACAUUGAAUGGUCAUUUUUUAUUUAUUAAAUAUAUUAUUAAUAAUUAUCCACAAUAUACUAGUCUAUUAUAUUCUACUGAUGAUACUGAUAGUCUACCAAUUCAUAAUGCCUGUGCUAGAGGUGUAAUACAACUAGUGACAUUUCUAAUUGAUGAAAUGAAAUGUGAUGUCACUACUGAAGAUAAGAGGAGCUUCACUUGUUUCAUUCAAGCAUCUUUCUCUGGUAAUCUUGAUCUUUUAAAAUUAUUAAUAAAACAAUACAACCGUAAUCCUAAAAUAUUUGGCACAUCAUCAUCACCAGAAGCUGCAGUAGGGGUUGGACAUGUUCACAUAUUAGAAUGGCUCAGACAAGAGUAUCAUAUCAAAGUAGUCUCAUUUAAGAAAGGUGUAUUACCUUUUCUUGCUACACAUUUCAACAAUUCGUAUUGUUUGAAGCAUUUAUUAAACAAUUAUUCAUUUGAUAUUAAUGCCACUGAUCCUACUGAUAAUACUCAAUCUACACUCCUUCACAUAGCAUGUCAGGAAGGACAUGUUGCUAUAGUUCUCUACCUCACUAGUCUUCCUCAGUGUGACGUAUCAGCUAAAACUUCAAAUGGAUCAACAGUUCUUCAUUUAUCAUGUAAAAGUCGUUCUCUUCCUAUACUCAAGCAUCUAGUGGAGGAGCAUCAGUUGGAUCUCACUAUUAAAGAUUACAAUGGAAUGGCUCCAGUUCAUGUAGCCUGUGAAGAAGGAUCAUUGAGUAUAGUCAAGUACAUUAUAGACCAUUCACCAUUAUCUCUUGAUAUGACCGACUCUUUUGGACGUACUCCACUACUUAUUGCAGCUUUCUCUAAGAACCUUCCCAUCAUUCGUUACCUCAACAGUAAAAACUGCAACAUUUCUAUACUGGACGAUAAAGGGUUUAACGUAAUACACAUAUCGGCAAAGGGAGGGUCUUUGGAUAUAUUGAGGUUUUUCAUUGAUGGUCGUUACUGUAAUCCUGAUAUCACUGAUGGUUUUGGUCGUACUCCACUUUAUCUUUCAGCUCAAGAGGGUCACUUGGAAAUAGUAGAAUAUCUAUUGGAUAGUCCAAGCUACAAUAAACCACGUGUAGAAUUAGUAGACAUGGCAGAUAGCAAUGGUAACACAGCACUUCAUGCAGCAUGCAGCCAGGGUCAUCCUGAUAUAGUGUCUACUAUAGCAGGAGCUUACAAGUCUCUUAAUAUUGAUAUUUAUUCAAUUAAUGAGAAGAGAGAGACUCCAUUACACUUAGCAGCAGCUAAUGGUCACGUUAAUACAGUCGCGUCUCUGUUAUCAGCCACUACUGGUACU